AUGAAGGACCAGCUGGAGCAGCUGAAGGCGAAGCAGCUGACACAGGAUGAUGUCGCUGACGAGGUGAAGAUCGCUAUUGACAAAUACAGCUUCAUGGAUGAAUUCUUUUCUGAGAUCGAGGAGACUCGGCUCAUCAUUGACAAGAUCUCAGAGCAUGUGGAGGAAGCAAAGAAACUCUACAGUAUCAUUCUCUCUGCACCAAUUCCAGGGUCACAAACCAAGGAUGACCUUGAACAGCUCACAACUGAGAUCAAGAAAAGGGCCAACAAUGUCCGGAAUAAACUGAAGAGCAUGGAGAGGCAUAUUGAAGAAGAUGAGGUCCGGUCGUCAGCAGACCUUCGGAUUUGGAAAUCUCAGCACUCCGUCCUCUCUCGGAAGUUUGUGGAGGUGAUGACCAAGUACAAUGAGGCUCAGGUGAACUUUCGUGAACGCAGCAAAGGGCGAAUCCAGCGGCAGCUUGAAAUUACUGACAAAAAGACAACAGAUGAGGAGCUGGAGGAGAUGCUAGAGAGUGGCAACCCUGCCAUCUUCACUUCAGGGAUCAUUGACUCCCAGAUUUUCAAACAAGCCCUGAUUGAGAUCGAGUGUUGGCAUAAGGACAUUGUGAGGCUGGAGAGCAGCAUUAAAGAACUUCAUGACAUGUUUAUGAACAUCCCCAUGUUGGUGGAGAAUCAGGGUGAGAUGUUAGAUAACAUAGAGUUGAAUGUCUUGCACACAGUGGACCACGUGGAAAAGGCACAAGAUGAAACUAAAAGAAGGGUAAAAUAUCAGGGUCAGGCCCGAAAGAAAUUGAUAAUUAUCAUUGUGAUAGUAGUUGUGUUGCUGGGCAUUUUAGCAUUGAUUAUUGGACUUUCUGUCGGGCUGUAAUGAGUGGCCUGAGGGGCUGCUGCACUGAAAUAACCUGAUCUCCCUCCAGUCUGGCGUGAC